CCGGCAAAGUACUGGGGCUGUGGGGCAAGAUGGCGGCGCGGUGGGGAGCAGGAGAUGAGACGUUAACUAUCGGAGGAAUGGAGCUCUUCACUGCCGGUAGCCCCUUCCAGUGCCGUGCAUUGGAUGAAGAUGACACUUGUGGAAAUCUAUCUGAUCUCUCACUUACAUCAUUGGAUUCAGGGGAAAUUUUGGGAACUUUUCAGGGCUAUGUUGACCAUUCAAUUAUUUCCAUCAUUAAUGCUCCAGAAUCUCAAGCUGACAUGAAGUGUAAUUUUGAUGAAGAAAACGAAUUGUCCCUUCUGACUGCACUCACUGAAAUUUUAGACAAUGCAGAUGAUGAAAACCUGUCGCCAUUUGACUCUAUUCCAGACUCGGAACUCUUGGUUUCACCUAGAGAGAGAGACAGUUCUUCAUUGCAGAAGUUUCUUAGUCUCUCUCGUAGCUCUGGUGAACGAGAGGUUUUAUCAAUGGAUGACCAGCGUAGAUCUAGCUGUGGCAAGAUUGAUGGUCGCUCUCCUGGUCAUAAUUGGGAGGCUUUCACAGAAAAUAUUAGGUCUACUCCAAAAAGGAACAGCCGACACAGAAAUAUAAGAGGAUCAUUACUUCAUAGGGUGAUAAAAGAGCCCAACCAUGAGCGGAGUGAUGGAGAAGAGGAGGAAGAGGCCCGCAGACCAAAAAUGAAAUUAGAAACAUUUGGACAAGACUUUUCUAUUGAUCCAAUAAAGAAAGUAGAGGAAACUAAGAGAGAAGAAUUUCUAAAACAGAAAACCCCAUAUAUAAUAAAUACAGAAAAUGUUGCUGCUAUUGACCUUGUAAAAUAUAUGCACACAUAUUGCCUUCCAUCUGUUACGGUUUGUUUGGAACCGGAUGAUUGUGAGUUAGAAGAAGAUGAUGAUGAUGAUUUAAGCAAUACUGUAUUUCUGGAAAUUGUGUCUGAAGAAGGUGAAUGUGUAAAACUGCCUUUGUUGAUGGAUACAGAAUUUGCUAUAGAAAAUGCUUCAUCACUUGAUAGUAUAGAUGAAUUUGUUUCAGAAACAAACAGUCCUCUUCCGGACCAUGAAUUCAUAGGACCCAGUAUUUCUUCAGAGGAAAGAAUCCAAGAAACGCUUUCUAAAGAGACUACGGAUGAAGAACCACAAUUGGCUGAACAAAAUGAAACCAAAAACAAACAUAUGUUAAAGAAUGAGAACAGUGGAAAACCAAUGCUGGAACCCAUGCAACAAACUCAAGUAUUGGAAAAUGAAUUGAAGGAUGAUCUUGCAUUGAAAAAUGAAUGCCUUAAAAAGAUGGUUGAUACUAGUAACCUAACACUUAAUGAAAACAGACUUAAAGAUCAUCAGAACCUUGAGCAAUUGGAAAAUGUAUCGUUAAAAAAUGAAAAUGAACACAGCUGUUCUAAAGAUGCUUCCAUGGAGAUAGAAAUAAAAAAACCAAAAAAAAAAGGUAAAGGAAGGAAAAGCUCUAAACGUAAAGCAAAAACAAACCAUAAAUGUAAUGAAGACAAACUACAAGAUGUUGUUGACAAAAGAACACCGCAAAGUGUUAACCAAGAUUUACAAAGUCGUUCUAACAAUCCUUUACUGAAGGAGUCUGAUUUCUUUGUAAAACAAAUAGAUCAAGUUAAAAAGGAUUCUCAAAUGGAACUAAGAGUAUCAAAAUUGGUUAGGGCCAAAGGAAGAACCAGAGGCAACUUGGAAAAUCCAAACUCUGCAGAAAAGAAAUUGCCAAAUGAAAAUACUAAAAAGCCACAACAAGUGGAAAAAGAAUCCUCAAAGCCUAGUUUAGAAAAUGUGUCUGUUGUGAAUAGCAGUACAAAUGUUGAAAUUAAUUCUAGUGAAAAACUCAAGUCGUCUGCAACCAUCGAAGAUGAAACAAGUCAAAGUAACACAAACCCUGCAUCAGAAGAAAUGUCCAAUCAGGAAGACGCAAGUAAUAUCCCUUCUGAUGUAAAUUUGACAAAUAGUUUUGAUAUAGAAGAAAAACUGUUGAAAGAGGGAGACAAUGGAGUUUGUGAUGUAAUUCAACAAAAGGAGCCAAAGCCCAAGUCACUAAGCUUAAGUGAGUACAGAAGGCGAAUACAGCAACGUAAACCAAAUGAGAGAGAGAAUGAAACAGUUUCUGGAAAUAAAUGGCCAUCUAUUCCUGAGCCUCCAACAGAGCUGGCUGAAAUUCCUUGCUUAAUUAUACCUGGAAAAGUGAACACUACCUUAAAACCCAACAAAGCUGUUGCAUUACUGGAGGAAAAACCUUGCACAUUAAAGGAUGCUGAGAAACAGCUUCCUUUACCUAAUAUUAGUUGUAAUUUAACAGAAAUGCCUUUGCCACCUGUUACAACUCAUGAAGUUCAGCAACCCCAACAGCAUGUGGAUAUGCAAUGCUCAACUUUCUCAUUAGAUCAUAAUCUGAUACCUAUACCCCCUCAAUCAAAUGUACCACCACCUUUUUACCAACAAGCUUGGCAUGGGUUUCCACCAAACCCCUGUUACUCCACUCUUCCCCCUAUGCCUACAAUUCCUCACUUUUCAAAUGGUGUCCCAAAUAUUAUCCCUGUGGAGCCUACACCAGUGAUGCCAUGGCCAGUACCUCCAUUUCCCCCUCCACCUAUAAUUGGGCAAGUUCCUCCUCCUAGUAUACCUAGCUGGGGUCCUGGAUUGCCACCACCACCACCUUUUUGGGCUAGUUCUACAGUACAGCAACAGUUUCAUGACAGCGGUGUACCUCUUCAGAAUUCUGGAGGCGUGUGCAGUGCUGUAUCUGAGGGUGUUUUUAACACAACGGGUACACAUGUUUUGCCAGAUUUGCAAACUCAUCAAAACCCCUAUGUUGCACCAACAAUAAGCCAGAACACACUACCACACAGCAAUUUAUCAAAUAAAACACUUGUCCAGGAUGUCAACCAUGCAAUAUGUUCUGUAAAGGAUACUACAAAAAUAGAUAAACCUAAGCUCUCUAAAGAAAGCAUACCACAAGAAAAAUCUCCCCAUAAGAAAUCUGACAAUAUAUCCGUAAAACUUGUGCCUCAAGUUUGUAAUGGUAUAAAAAAGCCUGAUCAAGUAUUACCAGUCAAAACAGAUUUCAAAAUAGCUGCAGAUGCAAAGAAACCCAAUGUGCCAGAUAUUAAAUCUGCAAAUGAGGUGGUGUUGAAAGUAAUGGAAAUGUUGAAGAGGAUUCAAAGACAGGGUUUGCAGGUAAAGACUCAGCCUACUCUGGAAUCGGCAGGUUCAACUUCAUCAACUUUACUGUCAAAUCAGAAGUCUCCUGAUUUUCAGAACUUAGAAUCAUCACCCAAUGAAAAACGUUUGAGUUGUGCAGAAAAAACGGUUACUGCCUCUGCUGUGGUUGUGAAACCUUUAGUAUCAUCAUCUGAUUUAGAGACCCCUCAAAGUGCUGAGAUUCCUGUCAUGCCAUCUGAAGUAUUGAAACCGGUGGCACCAGAUAAACUACCUGCAACACAAGUUCCAAAGAAAGAGGAUGAUCAUUCUACCUACUCGGUUCUACCUCAAGAUACUCUGACAACUAAGGGAAGUCAACAGAUCCCUUUACUAGAACCGGGUGCCAAGUGUAAUCUUAAAGUUUUAACUUGUGAAAACGGUAUUGAAGCGUCCGAUCUAACCACCCUGUUGGAGGAGUUUGAAAAAUCUGAAGCUAAAGAUGAACAGCACAUACAAACUCCUGUGUUAAAGUUAGCUGUAGGAAACUCGCGUUCUGAGAAACCAUCAGAGAAGAAAAUCCUGGAUAGACUUGCAGCCCCUGAAUUGGUUAACACGGCUGGUUUGACUCCUCCAGCGACUCCACCACACCAGUUAUGGAAGCCUGUUACAGCUGUUAAUCAAAUUGCAAACUCUAAACCGCCUAAUGCAAAAGCUCAAGAAAAGUUACACCCUUCCCCCAUGAAGACUGCAAAACUUAUUGAACCGAAACCUUUGCCACAAAACAAAUUGCGAAAUAGGAAUUCUGUUGCUACUACCAACACGGUUGUACCACCAGUCCAUGUUGGAUCAGGAGAUCAUGAUUAUUGUAUUCUUUCAGCCUCCAACCCUGAGAAGCGCCCAAUCACACCUCAACCAGUAGUGGAAAAAUCAUCUAUCACAUCCUCACAUUGUGAAGAAGGUUCUCGCUGGAAUGUUAAGCACCAUCAGAAUAUUUUGAUAAAGCCAAUUUUGACAAUCAGCAAAAGUAAUGAAGAGAAAGUGUGUCAAAAGUUGCCAGCUUCGGAAUCCUUGAAUGUCACCAACCAAAGUAGUAACUGUGAUGCUGUCAAGUCAAGGCCACUGUGUAAAACAAUUCAGAAAGAUCAGUUGGACCAUAGGACUAAUGAUGAUUUGGAGAAUUUAGACAAAAGGCAACCUGAUACUGUGUUAAUGUCUCCAGACUCUUCACCUUGUCGAAGUGAUGCUGGGGAUGCUAGAACUGGUGUUCAAAAAGAAAAUGCUCCAGUUUCCAGAAGGGCUUUGCGCUGUUAUAGAAAACACAAGAGUUCUCCAAGCCCUCAAAAAUCUAGUUGGAUAGGCCGAGGGAUACGUAGUUGUCGUUCUUGUAGUUCUGGAAGUGGUAGUGAAUCUACAUCUUCGUCGUCAAGGUCUCGGUCAAGAUCACCUCCAACAAAGAGGAGAAGAACGUAUAGACCCCAAAGUCCUAGAUCAAGAUCUUCUUCAGUGUCUAGUUAUGAUUCAAGUAGAUCUAGAUCAUCAUCAUCUUCAUCUUCAUACUCUUCCCAAUCAUGCUCCUCCCCAUCCUCCAGCCGGUCUCGCUCAAGAUCUAGGUCUCCUUAUCGUCGUCGGUACAGGAGUAGAAGUAGAAGGUGUGAGUCAAGAGAAAGCUAUAACAAACGGAAAAUCUUUCACAAGGAACGAGCUAUAGAGGAGAGGAGAGUUGUGUACAUUGGUAAAAUUAGCAGUCAAAUGACCAGAUCAGAGUUGAGACAACGCUUUUCUGUGUUUGGAGAAAUUGAGGAAUGCACAAUUCACUUUAGAGAACAAGGAGAUAAUUAUGGGUUCGUCACAUACCAUUGCACUAGAGAAGCCUUUGCUGCUAUAGAGAAUGGCCACAAAUUGCGCCUCCCAGAUGAGUUGCCUUUUGACCUUUGCUUUGGUGGCAGAAGACAGUUUUGUAAAAGAAAUUAUGCUGAUCUUGAUUCAAACCGUGAUGAGUUCGAUCCAGCACCUGUUAGGAGUAAAUUUGAAACUCUUGACUUUGAUACGUUAUUAAAACAAGCACAAAAAAGUCACCGGAGGUAACAUUGGACCUAAUAAAAUCUUGUAAGAAAAGAGAUCAAAUUAUAAAAAUAUAAUAUAAUAUAAAAAUUAUGUAUAGCCAAAAAUUACCUCAAAACACUGGAGAUGGCCAUUCACUAUAUGGAAGCAUGAAACUCCGUAAAAGGAAAAUGCCUUUUUUUUUUUUUUUUUUAAUUAAACAGAAAAUCAAAAUAAAAAAGGUUUAAAAACAAUUAAUUUUUUUUUAAUGACAUUCGGGUUUUUUUCUAACCUAUUUAACAAAUGUUUAAUAUGCAUUCUGGAAAUUAAGUCUCAAAAAUAUUGUAAAAUGAGAAAAAAAAAAUCGCUAUGCAGAUCAAAAUAUUAAAAAUAUGACGCAAAA